AUGGCCGAGAAGGAAGCGUCUGCUGCCAAGAAGGGACCGAUAAUGCCGGUUGCUCGACCUAGAGUGAGAGGUCUCGACCUGUUACGGGAUCCACUUCUUAACAAGGGUUUGGCAUUCACUUUAGAGGAAAGACAGAUCCUUGGUGUUCAUGGUCUGAUGCCUCCAGCCCAAUUAAACCAAGAGCAACAAGUUUAUACUGUGAUGGAGAAUUUCCAUCGUUGGCAGAAUGACCUUGAUCGUUACAUCUACCUCAUGGCUCUCCAAGACCGAAAUGAAAAACUUUUUUAUAAAGUAGUCUCUGAAAAUGUGGAGUUAAUGAUGCCAGUAAUCUAUACCCCAACUGUGGGUCUAGCUUGUCUCAAGUAUGGACUCAUCUACAGAAAACCCAGGGGACUAUACAUCACUAUCAAAGACAAGGGCCAUGUGUUGGAUGUUCUCAGCAACUGGGUGAUUGAUGAAGUCAAGGCUAUCGUGGUGACUGAUGGUGAGAGGAUCCUAGGUUUAGGAGACUUGGGAUGUUAUGGGAUGGGAAUCCCUGUAGGAAAACUAUCCCUUUACACUGGACUGGCCGGUAUUAAACCUAACCAUUGCCUCCCAAUCAUGUUGGAUGUUGGCACCAACAAUGAGACUUUACUCAAGGACCCACUGUACAUAGGUCUGCGUCAGAAACGGGAGAAAGGACCUAAAUAUGAUGAGUUUGUCGAUGAGUUUAUGUCAGCUGUUGUUACUAGGUAUGGCCCUAGUACACUGAUACAGUUUGAAGACUUUGGUAACCACAACGCCUUCAGGUUCUUAGAGAAGUACAGGUCAAAUUACUGUACAUUUAACGACGACAUUCAAGGUACAGCUGCCGUAGCUGUGGCUGGUAUACUGGCCAGUCUGCAAAUCACCAAGAUAUCUCUUCCCCAGAAUGUGUUCCUCUUUCAAGGUGCAGGGGAGGCCUCUAUCGGGAUUGCCAAGCUGUUGUUGAUGGCUAUGAAGGAGACCGGGAUGUCAGAAUCCGAGGCUGUUAAGAGGAUUUGGAUGGUGGACUCUCGUGGCCUCAUAGUUAAGAAUCGGCCAUCAGGGGGAGUAACAGGGGAGAAGGUGUUGUUUGCACAAGAACACAAACCUAUAGACAAACUUGAGAACGUCAUAAAGGAAAUUAAACCUACAGCUAUUAUAGGAGCAGCAGCAGUACCAGGUGCAUUUAAUGAGGAGGUAUUGAAGGACAUGGCUGCCAACCAUGAAAGGCCUAUUAUAUUUGCUCUUAGUAACCCUACCAGUAAAGCAGAAUGCACAGCUGAACAGGCUUAUAAGCACACAGAUGGUCGAUGUGUUUUUGCCAGUGGCAGUCCGUUUAAAGAAGUAAUACAUGGUGGUAAGACAUAUCGCCCAGGACAAGGCAAUAAUGCCUAUGUGUUUCCUGGAGUGGCGCUGGCUGUUAUUGCCUGUGACAUUAGAGUCAUCACUGAUGAGAUCUUCCUGGAGUCUGCAAAGUUACUGGCGGGUAUGGUAACAGAGGAGAACCUUGCUGAAGGUCGUGUGUAUCCACCCCUGUCCAACAUUCAGGAAGUAUCCACCAAGAUGGCUGUAGGUCUACUGGAGUAUGCCUAUAAGAACAAACAUGCCCACCUUUACCCACAGCCUGCUGACAGGGAGGCGUAUAUACGUUCCUUACAGUACAGCACUGAAUAUGACAGUUUUAUUCCGCCCAUGUACAGCUGGCCUGAGUCUAACAUGUAAGAUUUAAUUCAGUUGUGUUUGACUUAUGUUGUUAUGAUUAUGUCAGCAUUAGCUAAGGAUUUAAUAAAGGAUCUUACAAAUAACAUAGUUCAAAAGUAGUAUUUCUAUAAAAUCUUACAGCUGUCAACAUGCUGUCUUCAUUAGAUACAACCAACAGGAAAUCUUAGAAAGUGUCUGAAAUUAGAAUUUCUGGUUCAUUUUGAUAAAUUCUUACUGGAUAGUAGGAGUCAUUUAGUACUACUGAAUAUUUCAGUAUGAAUGUUAUUAUUUCCAUAAGGCCAAUAUGUUUUCAUUUGCAUCAGUAACUCCAACAGUAGAUAUUAACCUGAACAGUGAUAAUGUGUUACAAUCUCUGCCUUUAUUUUCUGUGAAACAAAGAUACUGAAAUAUAUGUCAUUGAUUACAGAGUGUCUCAGGAAGGGUUUGUAUAUUACUAAAUUGUUGGCUUGUCACACAAUGUGUUGCUUUAAUUACACCACUUUGUGGGUCUUAUUAAUUGAUUGAUUGGUUGAGAGUGUGAAUUAUUUUUCCUGAACAUUUUGUAACACUCACCAUUCUGUGACAAGUUGUUUUCUUUGAGAUGGUUUUGAGUCAUUUGAUGUGUUUCUCUUUGAAAUGUUUUUGAUUUAGUUGAAUUUUUGUUUGUUAAUCUGUGACCUGAUAGUCAGGACCACAUGGCAUGAAAAUUAUUGAACAUGUUUGUACAGUUUAAAUAUGUUUGACUACAUUCCAAGACAGAGUUUUGAAAACUUUGUACACUGUUGAUACUGAAUAGUCAUUGAGUGAUUGAAGUAAAUCUGUUAAAGUUGGAGUUUUAUACUUCUACAUUGGUAGAAACAGAGAUAUAGAGGGAUAGGAUUGUCUGACCUUUGUUCUGUCCAUCUGUCCUUAUUUUUUUCUGAUCUGUCCACAUAUUUUUACCUGCAUUGUUUUACCUGCAACUUUUCAUGGAUUUCAAUGCAAAAUUGAACACUUUAUAAGUGUGUUAGUGAUAGUUGUAUACUGUCUAGGAUUGUUUUUUUUUCAAGUUCAACAAACUACAUUUUAUUUGUAGACAAGAAAAUGUUUUGUUGUUUGGAAAUCUUCCAUUGAUUCUUUUAGUAGUAUGUCAGGUUUGUUAUUUGUUAUGUACCACUUCUUAUCAUUUUGUAUUAGGUCACCUGAAAGUCUCAUGGUGACCUAUUGUGAUCACCUUAUGUUAUUCAUCUUUAAACUUUUUACACUUUCAACUUCUGCUUCAAAACGCCUGAACUGAUUUCAACAAGAUUUUGCAGAAACCUUCCCUGGCUUAAGACAAACCACAAAUAAUAAAUUAUCUGGUCCCCACAUCCCGUGGCUGAUGAGUGGGGCCAAAAGGGGUCAAACCUGAAUCAAAAUGACAAGAAUCAAAUGUUCUAGUGCUUUUCAUUGAUGGAAUAGUGUUUAGGUGCUUCUCAAAAAUCAUGAAUUUUAUGACCCAAGAGUCUGAAUUUUCCCCUCUGGAAAUAGGGCAAUGUUUACUGUAGUUUUAAUUGGAAAAUUGGUUUUUAGGAUAAUGUUGUUAAUUUUCCAUUGGAAAUAACUUGGUAAGAAUGAUUAGUAUAGGAUGACAGUUUGGAUGUAUACAUAUAUUGAUACUAGCUAUCAACUCCCAAGGACUUGAAACAUAUGACUUGUCUUACUAUCAUCAAUGGUGCAAUUUCUGUUUUGUUACACUUAACAGAUACUUACCCUGUAACAUUAACGUUCAGUAGUGCUUACCUCAGGUGACUGUCAAGGCCACUUACUUCAUUUUGCUUGAAAAAUUGGGUAUAUAUUCAUGUUUCUCUCCUAAAUUUUAUGGAGUUAUGUCCUUUAUACAACAUCCUGAAAUGUUCCGUGGAUUUCAUCAAAUCCUAGUACACUUUAUCAAUGUAUAAGGUAGUUGUUGCUUGUGUUCAUUUGCUAUUUUCUGGUUCAAGUUCAUGAUAACCUGUGAUGAUUGUUAUUUUAUGAAUCUAUGUCUGUAUAAUUACAUCAAUACUGUAUACAUGAUUUCAUGAUAUAGCUUGUCUUAUAUACACCUAUUAUUUACAGUCACAUUCUUUAACACUUUAAUGUAUUAUACUAUAUUUUAAUAAAUCAAAAAAUGAAAGUAGUUUCUGAUUAACAACUAGUUUCUAUCAGACCAGUAUUCUAAUAUUUCUGUAAUGUUGGAUGUUUAUUGAUGGUUUAUGAACUGUUGCCAUGGUGAAUAAUUCAUUUGUUUACUUUUGUAUGUAUGGAUUAUUUACCAACGACAACACUUUUUAUAUUGUGUUUUGAUGAAUCAGUUUGUAGUGGGAUUGUACUUACAUCAGUGUCAAGAUAUCUCCCUAUGUCGCUUGAGAAUGAGUCAAUGUUUAAUAACAAAAUGGCAAUGUUUCUAGAUCAUUGGACAGAGGACAAUCUCAUUCAGCAUUGUCUUAGAUUUUUGUGUCUGACAUAAAAAAUCAUAACGCAAUAUAUAAAAAUCAGAGGGUUUAUAACACAUGAUCUCUGUAUACAUUCACCAUUGUUGUUUAGUGUACAUAACCAAUACAAAAUCACUUGUUAUUGUUUAGAUGCCGAAAUAUUUUGGAAUUUAUACACUUGUUGAUAUUGCUGUACUAAACUACUUACAAAUGUAUAUUUAUAUCAGGGUUAUAUCUGUGUUUACACCUCAAAACUUAAAGUACAUGUUUGAGACCCAUGUUGUUUAUAUUUAGACCUCAAUUUAGAUGUACAUGGUUGAGUACCCCAAUUUAUCUGUAUUUAGACCUCAGUACAGAUGUACCUGGUUAAGUCCCCUGUUGUCUAUAUCUAGACCUCAGUGCAGAUGUACAUGGUUGAGUACCCCAAUUGUCUGUAUUUAGACCACAGAUUUGAUGUACAAGAGUGUAAUAUGAGUCUCUCAUUAUCUGCAUUUAGCCAACAGGACAGAUGUACAUGGUUGAGUCCCCUGUUGUCUAUAUCUAGACCUCAGUACAGAUGUACAUGGUUGAGUCCCCUGUUGUCUAUAUUUAGACCUCAGUACAGAUGUACAUGGUUGAGUCCCCUGUUGUCUAUAUUUAGACUUCAGUACAGAUGUACAUGGUUGAGUCCCCUGUUGUCUAUAUUUAGACCUCAGUACAGAUGUACAUGGUUGAGUCCCCUGUUGUCUAUAUUUAGACCUCAGUACAGAUGUACAUGGUUGAGUCCCCUGUUGUCUAUAUCUAGACCUCAGUACAGAUGUAUAUGGUUGAGUCCCCUGUUGUCUAUAUUUAGACCUCAGUACAGAUGUACAUGGUUGAGCCCCUGUUGUCUAUAUUUAGACCUCAGUACAGAUGUACAUGGUUGAGUCCCCUGUUGUCUAUAUUUAGACUUCAGUACAGAUGUAUAUGGUUGAGUCCCCUGUUGUCUAUAUUUAGACCUCAGUACAGAUGUACAUGGUUGAGCCCCUGUUGUCUAUAUUUAGACCUCAGUACAGAUGUACAUGGUUGAGUCCCCUGUUGUCUAUAUUUAGACUUCAGUACAGAUGUAUAUGGUUGAGUCCCCUGUUGUCUAUAUUUAGACCUCAGUACAGAUGUACAUGGUUGAGUCCCCUGUUGUCUAUAUUUAGACCUCAGUACAGAUGUACAUGGUUGAGUCCCCUGUUGUCUAUAUUUAGACCUCUGUAUGAUGUACAUGGUUUGUGACUUGGGAAAUAAUGUUUGCCUUGAUAAAGCUCAAGUCCAAGAUCUAUCAUGCAUUUUCCUACAGUAUUUGUCAUGACCAGUAUGAUAAUAAGUUACCCUCCAGCACACCUGUCUCUCUCAGAAGAAGAAUAGUUUGGAGGUAUUGAUCUCCCAUGUAAUAAUGUGGAAUUUUAUCAAUUUGUGGUCUGACACAACAGAAAAAUCUGGAGAAGUUUUAAACCAGAAGAUUUCUUAUCAAGUGAUCCUGAACAAAUGCUUUUCUAUAAUUGUUAAAUCAUAAAGUUAGAAAUGUUCAUCAUAAAUAUAGAUAGGAAAGUUGUUUCAGGUAAGAGACAAUCACCAUACAUAAAACCUGGUAUAAAUAUGUUAUCUAUAUGAUGUGCAAUAAGAUUAAAGACAGUUGAACCAAACUUUACAGCUAGUGCACCAGUUGUACACAAGGUUUAGAAUGGUAGUUUAUGAUAUUUAGAUUCCAGUUUAGUGGUUUGUACAACUGUCCAUACAAAAAUCUAAUUAUCGUCCUUUACUGAAGAGUUCUUUAACUACAAUAAACAUGUGUAAGCAAGUGAGGUCAGUGUACUGAAACUACAGAGUUGUACUAGGGGAGAUAAUUCACAUAGUGUUACUCGUACAGCCAAGACGAUUCCAAAUAAUGACAAGAUAAAGACAUUUAAAACUUUUGAAGUAAAAAAAAAACAAACUUAAAUUUGUUUCCAUUUCAUAUUUUAGUGAUGAGUAACAUAAAUCUGAGACAGGCUGGAAGUUUGUGUAAGGUUCAAUAUCACAUGUCUACUAAGUAUGUUAGUCUUAUUGUGGGACAAAUUAACACCAAGAUAUUUUUACUUACAUACAAAUGUGUUUGUCUGAUAAAGAUAUAUUACAUGUACAGUGUAUAUGUGUCUGUCAUUACUUUAUAUACUUCUAUAUCUACAACAGUGAUAUUAACCACUUAGUCAAUAAAUGAUCAACAACCAA